AUGAGUCAGGGAGAUGUAUGUGAUAUACACAGAGUCAGGCGCCAGAGGUUGUCACAUACACCGUUACUGGGACUGAAUCGAGCACCUCUGGUGGUGGGACGCACAGUCAACCUGCAGAAAGAAAUCCUGCCAGUUUCAUCCACAAAAUUAAAGAGUACUUUCUUUCAAAGAGAUAACAACACCUGUUUUUAUGGGCAGUGUCUCUAUUGCAAGAGUGAAGAGGACGGGGUGUGCGCUGAUGGUGAAAUGCUAGAGGGCGCUGUGGUCUUGUGGUUGCCAAGGCAGUGGACUUUUUAUAAAAAACACAGAAGCCCUUGGCAGAGGACUUAUAAGGAGGGAAAAGUUGCCAGGUGGGAGUACGAUGAUACAUACUGUGAUACUGUGCGGGCCGUGGCACCCUACGACAGCGGACCCCGCCUUCUGGAUCUCCUAGAUGCUGUUGUAGUGGACUACCUCAUUGGGAAUGCGGAUCGCCAUCAUUAUGAGACAUUUGCUAACGCCACUGACAGCAUGAUUAUUAUGCUGGAUAAUGCCAAAAGUUUUGGAAAUUAUUACCAUGAUGAGAAAAGCAUUUUAACUCCAAUAAAGCAAUGUUGUCUACUACGGCGUACGACGUGGGACAGACUUCAACUGCUGAAGGAUGGAGUGUUGAGCAAUGUACUUAAAGGUAUUCUUGAAGCAGAUCCAUUGGCUCCUAUUCUCAUUGAACCACACCUGAAAGCACUGGACAGAAGAUUAGAGCACCUUUUACAGGAGCUGCACUCCUGUGUUGAACAGAAAUCUGAGCAAAAGGUUUUUGUGUGAUAUUAGAUGAGAAAAGAAGUUCACUUAUAGAGAAUGUUAUCCUUGUCUGAUGCUUUCUAACAGUCUGGAUACUGUGGCUUGGUAAAAAGUAAGGAAAACCUGCUUUAUUUCCUGUAUGAGACUGAAAAAGAAUUGAGAGCCUAUUGUUUAAAAAAUCUCAUUUACAAAAGUAGACAAAGAACUCCUCAGAAUGACCAAUAUAUCUUUUUCUAGCUACGUUUGUAAAGACAUCAUGAUAACAUUUUAAACAUUAUCUCGGUGCAGAGCGUGACACAUCUAGGCAUCACUGAGUUACGUAUUACAAAAAUGAGAGGCCAAAAAAAAGAUCCCUAAAGUAAUCAAGACAUAGGUCUGAGCUUGUUAUGUCGAAUUUAAUUUAUUUUAAAAAAUGGUAUGACCAUAACAUCAUGAUAUAGAUCACUUGCACAGUCACACUACAUAGAUAAUUGAUCAGCCUUUUCCUGCCAUUAUUUUUUCACCUUUUCAUAUGUGAUGUGAUGGCAUUUAAUUAUAUUAGGCAGCUAUUUUUAAGUGCAAGAUUUUUUAAAGUCAUUAAUAUAUUAUUUACUUUUCAAUAAAUCUUUCUUACAAACACACGUAAGUAAUAAUGUGUGAUUAAAAAAAAACAAAAACAGGUGCAUCAGAACUAUAUUUUUGUUAUGGAACUUCAAACUUGAUAUUCAGAGUUCAGCUUUUAAUGGUUAGUCUGUAGUGAAGGUGAGGUCACAUACUUUGUUUUGUCGCUUACUAAUCCC